CUGUUGUCGAGCAAAGCUUUUCAGACAGUCAGGCUUGUCUGUUCAUACAGUAAAGAAUCGCAUAAACGUAUCAAGCGUUAAGUUCAAGCCCGCGACCGGCGGCAAAAGUAAUGGCAGCUUCAGCACUUAUGCAUCUCUUCCUUCUGGUUUGAAUCAACAACAGUUAUCAAAUGGUUGGCAUUUGAACUUGGGCUGAAGAACAGGGAAUCUCUAAUAAAUAGAUCAGGGGUUUUACGGAUUUAUCUCAAUAGAAAUGGCAUGGUUCAGAGCUGCUUCAAGUUUGGCAAGGUUAGCUAUUAGGAGAAAUUUGGUUCAAGCAGGAUCUUAUGCGAAGAGGUCACGGGUGCUUCCGUCACAGAACCGAUAUUUUCAAUCUACGGUCUGUAAACCGAAGGCGCAAGCUGCACCUGUUCCUCGUCCGGUGCCCCUCUCGAGGUUGACUGAUAGCUUUCUUGAUGGCACUAGCAGUGUCUACUUGGAAGAGUUGCAGAGGGCUUGGGAAGAUGAUCCUAACAGUGUGGAUGAAUCAUGGGACAAUUUCUUCAGAAACUUUGUCGGCCAGGCUGCUACAUCACCUGGAAUCUCAGGCCAAACGAUCCAAGAGAGCAUGCGCUUGUUGUUGCUAGUGAGAGCUUACCAGGUUAAUGGCCACAUGAAAGCCAAGUUGGAUCCUUUGGGGAUGGAGGAACGCGAGAUCCCUGAGGAUUUAGAUCCUGCUUUUUAUGGGUUCACAGAAGCUGAUCUUGACAGGGAAUUCUUCCUUGGGGUGUGGAGCAUGGCUGGUUUCCUGUCUGAGAACCGUCCAGUGCAAACCCUUCGAGCCAUACUGACUCGGCUUGAACAGGCUUACUGUGGGAGCGUUGGUUAUGAGUACAUGCAUAUUGCCGAUCGUGAAAAGUGUAACUGGUUAAGAGACAAGAUUGAGACACCCGCCCCCAAUCAAUACAACCGGCAGCGCAGAGAGGUAAUUCUUGAUAGACUUAUAUGGAGCACUCAGUUUGAGAACUUUUUGGCCACAAAGUGGACAGCUGCAAAAAGGUUUGGUCUUGAAGGUGGAGAAACACUAAUUCCUGGUAUGAAGGAGAUGUUUGACCGAGCAGCAGAUCUUGGGGUUGAGAACAUUGUUAUAGGAAUGUCUCAUAGAGGAAGAUUGAAUGUACUGGGUAAUGUGGUUCGGAAACCACUUGCUCAGAUUUUCAGUGAGUUCAGUGGUGGUACAAAGCCUGUUGAUGAGGUUGGUCUAUAUACAGGAACCGGUGAUGUCAAGUAUCACUUAGGUACUUCUUAUGAUCGGCCAACAAGGGGUGGAAAGAGAAUCCAUCUAUCUUUGGUUGCUAAUCCUAGUCAUUUGGAAGCUGUUGAUCCAGUUGUGAUGGGAAAAACUCGAGCGAAACAGUUUUACUCUAAUGAUGUUGAGAGGACAAAGAAUCUUGGGGUGUUAAUUCAUGGGGAUGGGAGCUUUGCGGGGCAGGGUGUUGUUUAUGAAAUCCUGCAUCUUAGUGCUCUUCCAAACUACACAACUGGUGGCACCAUCCACAUUGUGGUGAACAAUCAAGUGGCUUUCACAACUGAUCCUAGAUCUGGUAGAUCUUCACAGUAUUGUACUGAUGUUGCUAAAGCCUUGAAUGCUCCUAUUUUUCAUGUAAAUGGUGAUGACAUGGAAGCAGUGGUUCAUGUUUUUGAGCUUGCAGCAGAGUGGCGCCAGACAUUCCACUCUGAUGUAGUGGUGGAUAUAGUGUGUUAUCGUCGGUUUGGGCACAAUGAGAUUGAUGAGCCAUCUUUCACACAACCUAAAAUGUAUCAAAUCAUUCGAAACCACCCGUCUGCCUUAGAAAUUUACCAGAAGAAACUUUUAGAGUCUGGGCAAGUCACACAAGAAGAGAUUGAUAAGGUAAACAACAAGGUUAGCUCCAUUCUCAAUGAAGAAUAUCUAAACAGCAAAGACUAUGUUCCAAAAAGAAGGGAUUGGCUUUCAGCUUACUGGUCUGGAUUUAAAUCUCCUGAACAGCUUUCUCGUAUCCGAAACACAGGGGUUAAACCUGAGAUAUUGAAGAAUGUUGGCAAGGCAAUAACUACAUUUCCUGAAAAUUUCAAGCCUCACAGAGCAGUAAAGAAGAUUUUUGAGCAACGUGCUCAGAUGAUUGAAACAGGGGAAGGUAUUGACUGGGCAGUUGGGGAAGCACUUGCUUUUGCUACAUUGCUAGUCGAAGGUAACCAUGUUAGGCUGAGUGGUCAGGAUGUUGAAAGAGGUACAUUUAGUCAUCGACAUGCAGUAGUCCAUGACCAGGAAACAGGGGAGAAGUACUGUCCUUUGGACCAUGUUCUUAUAAAUCAAAAUGAGGAGCUAUUCACUGUUAGCAACAGCUCUCUUUCAGAGUUCGCUGUCCUUGGAUUUGAGUUGGGUUAUUCAAUGGAAAAUCCAAAUUCCUUGGUAAUCUGGGAAGCUCAGUUUGGUGAUUUUGCAAAUGGGGCUCAGGUGAUGUUCGACCAGUUCUUAAGUAGUGGGGAAUCAAAGUGGCUACGGCAAACUGGGCUUGUUGUGCUACUUCCUCAUGGAUAUGAUGGUCAAGGCCCUGAACAUUCAAGUGCACGAUUAGAGCGAUAUCUUCAGAUGAGCGAUGAUAAUCCCUAUGUUAUACCUGAGAUGGAUCCAACACUUAGGAGGCAGAUCCAGGAAUGCAAUUGGCAGAUUGUGAAUGUUACAACCCCUGCUAAUUAUUUCCAUGUUCUGCGGCGCCAGAUACACAGGGAAUUCCGAAAGCCACUCAUUGUGAUAGCUCCUAAGAACCUGCUACGCCACAAGGAUUGCAAGUCAAAUCUAUCUGAGUUUGAUGAUGUCCAGGGUCACCCAGGUUUUGACAAGCAAGGGACCCGUUUCAAGCGCCUUAUAAAGGACCAAAACAACCAUUCUGAUCUUGAGGAGGGCAUUAGACGCUUAGUUCUUUGCUCUGGCAAAGUUUAUUAUGAGCUUAACGAAGAGCGAAAGAAAGUUAAUGGCAACGACAUUGCAAUCUGCAGGGUAGAACAGCUUUGCCCCUUCCCGUAUGAUCUGAUCCAGCGAGAGCUGAAGAGAUAUCCAAAUGCAGAGAUUGUAUGGUGUCAGGAAGAGCCAAUGAAUAUGGGUGCAUAUACUUACGUUGCACCUCGGCUUUGUACUGCCAUGAGGGCACUGGGCAGAGGUACUAUGGAGGACAUCAAGUAUGUCGGACGUGCUCCAUCUGCAGCCACAGCUACCGGUUUCUAUCAAGUUCAUGUGAAGGAACAGACGGAGCUUGUACAAAAAGCAAUGCAGCAAGAACCACUCAAGUAUCCAUACUGAAGGGAACUUCCAGUUCCAGGAGUUGCUAAGUAGCAACAUCAAUGAAAUAGUUUUUCAUGGAAGAACAUGAUAUUGUGCAAACUUGGGCUUUUGGGUAUCAAAGGGAAAACCAAUGACUCUUGGUACUUUAGACCUACUUUUGCAUCAAAUUUUAUCUUUUCUUGUAGUUUUACAAUUUGUACCCUUUUCAGGUACUCGAGACCAUGAUACUUAUGGCACUAUUUCUAGGUUUUUGAGAACUAGGAAGCUUGCGAUGCUGAACUGCAGUUUGCAUUUCAGUUCCACAGAGCUACAAAAAAUAGACAUGCAAUAAAUUAAAUUGAACUAACCCAAGAGUGAAGAGAUUUUACAUCAUUUUGCAA